ACUCGUUCUUGCUGUAUUCUUAUUUGCGCUGGCGGUAUCCCAGGAAUAUUCCAUGGGAACUUUAGAACAGCCCAAAGCCGAUUUGCCUGUUGAUGCGGAGUUGGUCAUUCAGAACAUUUACACUCCUGGAGACUGCACGCAAAAGGCAGUGAAGGGAAAUAUCGUGAAUGUACACUACACUGGAUACCUUUACAAGAAUGGCAAGAAAUUCGAUUCUUCCUUUGACAGAAAUACUCCGUUCUCCCUGAAACUUGGAGCAGGACGUGUUAUUCGUGGAUGGGAAGAGGGUCUUCUCGGCAUGUGCCCAGGUGAAAAGAGACGUCUUAUCAUUCCUGCCAAUAUGGGAUAUGGCAUGAGAGGCGCUGGUGGCGUGAUUCCUGGAGGCGCUACUCUGGUAUUUGACGUGGAAUUGGUCUCAAUGAAGUGCUUUGUUUGUUUUAUCAAAUUAAUUUGUAUAUUGGUGGUAGUUAUCAUGGUCAACCUAACGCUUAAUGUUGUCAUAAUUGUAGCACUUGCCCUCUUCAUAGCUACCUCCUGUCUUUUUACAUCAGAUCGCCCCAACACAAUUUCUCAUCAAUUUAACACAAUUUCAUAUGAUAUUUCUCCUAUAAAACUCUCUCGUGUCAAUACUGUGCAAAGGAAACCAGAAUUGAAUUCUGACGAUGCUCCAUCUGCUUUUUCGUCGCAAACUCCUUUUCCUUCACGUAGUCCCACGGAGUCACCAAAGACUCAGCUAAGGGAAUCUAGAAGCGAUCCAACCGUAGUGCCAAGUUCACAAGCGGAAAAUCAUCCAGUCGUGCCUGACAUUAAACCCUCUGGUUUCAAAACUCCUAUGAAAGUUGAAGCAACUGUCAAUGUUGAACGCAAUACUACAAAAGGCUGGGCUCAGGCGUUGCGGUAUGCGAAGAGCUUGUUAACCGAGGAGGAUCUGUAUGUUCCCUUUGAAUACAAUUGCACGCUGCAUUUCGGAGAGAAGGAAUGCGCGAAAGGCGAUCCCCGUCCCAACUAUGUGUACAAAUACCACACACACAACACAAAAGAAAUCUAUCUCAUCGUAAUCAACCACCACUGGAACAUCCUAGCCGCGCUUCCCUUCUUCCGAAACAACUAUUUCCGCAAAUUCGCCGAGCUCUUCAACUCCGACUUCGACGUCGUGUAUCUCGCUCCGGAUCCGCAACCUGCUUUCACUGUAUGCGCUCACGGACUUCGCGUCGGCGGAGAAUACAGCUACUACACACUGACGGUGGCUUAUCAGCUGUUCCACGACCUCCAAUCGUACAAGUAUGCGGGGUAUUUCCUAAUGAACGACGAUGCCUUUCUGGAUCCGCUCUAUCUGAACAUGUACAACCUCUCAGAGAGCCAUCACGAGCCAACGCGCACCUACAAUCCCCGAGCUCCCUGGUCGUGGAACUCGAUGAAAAACAUGUUCGGGGUUCCUUAUCCGCAAGCCCUGCGCAAUGCAGUGGAAGAAGUGGUCGCGAUUCCCGCGCUGGAGCGAGUGUGCCGUCUGUCGGAUCCGGAGAACACGCGACGAAGCUUGCAGGAUUAUUUCUAUGUGUCGAAGGAUGAUAUCGCGUUGUUUGUGAAGUUGUCCUCGAUCUUCUACAAGCAUCGUGUCUUUUUAGAGCAAGCGGCGCCGACGAUCAAUUGGUGUCUCAGCCACAACGCGAUCAUUACGUGUAACCAUAAUUUCUGGAAGAAUGUGAAGACAUGUGUUCACUUGCAUCCCAUCAAACUUGGAUCGCUUCAUCAGCAAGGACUUGCGAUGGAUCAUAUUACGCGUCGAAACAUCACACGUGUAGCUGUUAUGUCUUGGUGA